AUGGGACGGUCUCUUCUUGAAGAAGGUGUUGGCGAGGACAAGAUCAUGGGCUUCCGCAAAGUCCAGGGCUCGGUUUCCCUCAUCGUUCCGGGUACCAUAUCCUUGGCCACCAUGGUUUCGAGGGAACCAUUCAAUUGCUCUGUGUGUGGAAAGGCAUUUUCAUGGUCAUCAAGUCUUAAGAGACACCAGAGAACACACACGGGCGAGAAGCCGUUCCUGUGUUCUGUGUGUGGGAAGGCAUUUUCACAGUCGUCAACUCUUAACAGGCAUCAGAAGAUCCACAAUGAUAGGAAACUGAAAUCAAGAAACAAGAAGCCAUUCAAUUGCUCUGUGUGUGGGAAGGCAUUUUCAUGGUCAUCAAGUCUUAAGAGACACCAGAAAACACACACGGGUGAGAAGCCAUUCCUGUGCUCUGUGUGUGGGAAAACAUUUGCACACUCAUCACAUCUUCAGAGUCAUCAGAGAACACACACGGGCGAGAAGCCAUUCCUGUGCCCUGUGUGUGGGAAGGCAUUUGCACAGUCGUCAACUCUUCAAAACCAUCAGAGAACACACACGGGCGAUAAGCCAUUCCUGUGCCCUGCGUGUGGGAAGGCAUUUUCACAGUCGUCAACUCUUAACAGGCAUCAGAAGCCCCACGCACACGGAAGCAAGGAACAAUUCAAUUGCUCUGUGUGUGGGAAGGCAUUUUCAUGGUCAUCAAGUCUUAAGAGACACCAGAGAACACACACGGGCGAGAAGCCGUUCCUGUGCACUGUGUGUGGGAAGACAUUUGCACGGUCAUCACAUCUUCAGAGUCACAAGAAAACACACACGGGCGAGAAACUAUUCCUGUGUUCUGUGUGUGGAAAGGCAUUUGCACGUUCAUCAACUCUUCAAAACCACCAGAGAACACACACGGGUGAGAAGACAUUCCUGUGCCCUGUGUGUGGGAAGGCAUUUUCACAGUCAUCAACUCUUCAAAACCACCAAAGAACACACACGGGCGAGAAGCCAUUCCCGUGCUCUGUGUGUGGGAAGGCAUUUUCACAGGCAUCACAUGUGGAUAUGUUCGUCGGUUUCAACGGGAUCUUGAACGUGGAAUGCGCGCCAUUCCUGUGCCCUGUGUGUGGGAAGACAUUUGCACAGUCAUCACAUCUUCAAGACCAUCAGAGAGCACACACGGGCGAGAAGCCAUUCCUGUGCUCUGUGUGUGGGAAGGCAUUUGCACAGUCAUCACAUCUUCAGAUUCAUCAGAGAGCACACGCGGGCGAGAAGCCAUUCCUGUGCUCUGUGUGUGGGAAGACAUUUGCACGGUCAUCACAUCUUCAGAGUCACCAGAGAACACACACGGGCGAGAAGCCAUUCCUGUGCCCUGUGUGUGGGAAGAAAUUUGCACGGUCAUCACAUCUUCAGAUUCAUCAGAGAGCACACACGGGCGAGAAGCCAUUCAUGUGCUCUGUAUGUGGGAAGGCAUUUGCACAGUCAUCACAUCUUCAAGACCAUCAGAGAGCACACACGGGCGAGAAGCCAUUCCUGUGCUCUGUGUGUGGGAAGGCAUUUGCACAGUCAUCACAUCUUCAGAGUCAUCAGAGAACACACACGGGUGAGAAGCCAUUCCUGUGCCCUGUGUGU